AUGCUCGCAACGAUCCUCGACGAGACCGACAUUUUACUCGGCCGUGAUUGGCUGCGACAACACAAUCCGCGAAUCGGCUGGACGACGGGUGAUUGCACCGUGCGAGUGAACGGUAACAGGAUCUCCUUACCUCAUUGGGGCUCGCCUUCGUCGGUGCGUGUCAACGCGAUUUCGAUGAAACGUGCUGUAGCAGCAGGAGCUGACGUGUAUGCGGUUGACAUUCGGGAAGCCGAGGCAGCAGACAAGGAGAGCGAUUUAGAGAAACUGCUAGCGAACUUACCGGAUGACUUGGCGGCACUACUGAAGCAGUACAGUGGGAUCUUCCCAGAUGACCUGCUGACAGGAUUACCACCUAAGCGACCGCAAGACCACAGGAUAGAGUUAGAACCGGAGGCACAGCCGACAGUACAGCGACAGUUCCGACUGACCCAACCCGAACUGGACGAACUGCGGAAACAGCUGGAUUACCUGCUCGAGAGAAAAAAUAUUCGCCCGAGCUCAUCACCGUUCGCAGCACCGAUACUGUUCACACCAAAAAAAGACGGGGGAUUUCGCAUGUGCAUCGACUACAGUGCACUGAACAGAGUUACCAUCAAAUCCCGUUACCCCAUCCCGCGAGCCGACGAACUGAUCGAUCAACUGCGCACAGCCCGGGUUUUCUCGAAAAUCGACCUUCGAGGAGGUUACUACCAGAUCCGCGUCAAUUUACCCGACUGCCCGAAAACGGCUUUCCGAACACGCUACGGAUCGUUCAAAUACACGGUAAUGCCCUUCGGACUGACCAACGCCCCUGCAAUCUUCCAAAUGACCAUGAACGAAGCCUUCCGCCCACUUUUAGAUAAGUGCGUCAUCGUGUACUUAGACGACAUACUGAUCUACAGCCCGGACAGAGCACAGCACCGAAAGGACAUCGAAGCAGUUUUCAUAAUACUGAGUAAGAACCGCCUACUGACAAAAGCUUCCAAGUGUGAGUUUCUUCAGGACAGACUGGAGUUUUUAGGGCACAUAAUUUCAGCCAACGGAGUGGAAAUAGAACCGAAGUAG